GUUGCUCUCCUCCCUCCGUCAGCAGGUUCAUCCCAUCUCUGUGCAUCAGAUCCGUUUGAGCGUUUAUCGCAUCUCUCCCCCGCCCGGAUAAACCUGCCACCCGACCCGGCAACCCGCUGCUGGAGGCGGAGGAGGAGGAUGGCGGAGGCCCGGAGCCUGUGUGCCUGCCAGCCGGGGAUGAUUUAAUGCAGCAACGGCCAAUAAACAGCCCUAAUAUUGCCACGAUGUCCCUGUAACACCGCUGCAGGGCUCACGGCGCUCCACAGGUACCGGAGCUUGUCGUCCUUCAUGGCCUCAGUAGCUGCUGGGUUCUGGGGUUCUGCCGCCUGCUGCUCGCACUCCAAACUCUCCAGAACCGGCAGUCUGAAACUGGGACGAGGCCGUUCACCACCGUGCAUGUCGUCCAGCCAGAGAUGGUCGGGUGUGUCCGGUCUCGGGGGCGGAGGCGUGUCCCCGGGGCCCAUGGUGGCAGAGGUGGUGGAGCCCGGCGGGGGGUCGGGGGCAGGCGAGGCCCACAGGGAGCUGUUCGAGGCCUGUCGGAGUGGAGACCUGGAGCGAGUACGUAAACUUGUGACGGCCAAGAACGUGAACAGCCGGGACACAGCGGGGAGGAAGUCCACACCGCUGCACUUUGCUGCAGGUUUCGGUCGUAAAGACGUCGUGGACUUCCUCCUCCAGAACGGAGCCAACGUCCACGCCAGGGACGACGGGGUCAUAUCCCUCCACAACGCCUGCUCCUUCGGCCACGCUGAGGUGGUGAGCCUGUUGCUUAACCACGGGGCGGACGCAAACUCCAGAGACAACUGGAACUACACUCCCCUUCACGAGGCAGCUAUCAAGGGCAAGAUUGACGUGUGUAUAGUGUUGCUGCAGCACGGUGCUGAGCCGACCAUCAGGAACACAGACGGUCGAACCGCUCUGGAUCUGGCAGAACCGUCCACCAAAGCGGUCCUGACAGGUGAAUACAGAAAAGAUGAGCUUCUGGAAAGUGCAAGGAGCGGGAACGCGGAGAAGCUGAGGGCUCUGCUGACGCCGCUCAACGUCAACUGCCACGCCAGCGACGGACGAAAGUCAACACCGUUACACCUGGCAGCCGGAUACAACCGCGUCAAGGCUGUCCAGCUGUUGCUGCAGCACGGGGCCGACGUGCACGCCAAGGACAAGGGGGAUCUGGUUCCUCUUCAUAACGCCUGUUCAUACGGACACUACGAAGUCACUGAGCUGCUGGUGAAGCAUGGAGCCUGUGUUAAUGCCAUGGACCUGUGGCAGUUCACUCCUCUUCACGAAGCGGCUUCCAAGAACCGUGCUGAGGUGUGUUCCCUCCUGCUGAGCUACGGAGCCGACCCCACCUUCCUCAACUGUCACAAUAAAAGCUCCAUCGACCUCGCUCCCACAUCGCAGCUGAAGGAACGCCUGGCCUAUGAGUUCAGAGGUCACAGCCUGCUGCAGGCAGCCAGGGAGGCCGACGUGCUGCGAGUCAAGAAGCAUCUGAGCCUGGAGACCAUCACCUUUAAACACCCGCGCACUCAGGAGACCGCACUGCAUUGUGCGUCUGCCUCUUUGUACCCGAAGAGGAAACAAGUGUGUGAACUUCUACUGAGGAAGGGAGCCAGCGUCAACGAGAAGGCUGAAGACCUGAUGACCCCUCUGCACCUGGCGUCAGAGAAAGGCCACGACGACGUCAUCGAGGUGUUGGUCAAACACGAAGCCAAGGUGAAUGCGGUGGAUCACCUCGGGCAGACAGCGCUGCAUCGAGCUGCUCACUGCAGACACCUGCAGACCUGCAGGCUGCUGCUGAGCGCCGGCGGCGACCCGCUGCUCACGUCACUGCAGGGACUCUCACCUUCACAGCUGGGCAACGAGAGCGUGCAGCAGAUUCUGCAAGAAGAAGCUCUGAUCGGGAACUCGGAAGUGGACCGACAGCUGCUGGAAGCCUCCAAAACAGGAGAUCUGGAAACCGUCACGAAGCUCUGCACGAUGCAGAACGUGAACUGCAGAGAUGUGGAGGGUCGACAGUCGACGCCGCUUCACUUCGCCGCCGGCUACAACCGGCUGGCCGUCGUCCAGUUCCUGCUGCAGCACGGAGCCGACGUACACGCCAAGGAUAAAGGAGGUCUGGUUCCGCUCCAUAACGCCUGUUCGUACGGUCACUACGAGGUGGCCGAGCUGUUGGUCCUUCGCGGCGCUGUGGUCAACGUGGCCGACCUGUGGAAGUUCACACCGCUGCACGAAGCUGCCGCCAAGGGCAAAUACGACAUCUGUAAACUCCUGCUGCAGCACGGUGCCGACCCCACCCAGAAGAACCGGGACGGUAACACCCCUCUGGAUCUGGUGAAGGACGCCGACAUGGACAUCCAGGACCUGCUGCGGGGCGACGCCGCCCUGCUGGACGCCGCCAAGAAAGGCUGCCUGGCCCGAGUGAAGAAACUCUGCACGCACGACAACGUGAACUGCAGGGACACACAGGGGAGGCACUCCACGCCGCUGCACCUGGCAGCGGGCUAUAAUAACCUGGAGGUGGCGGAGUACCUGCUGCAGCACGGAGCUGAAGUCAACUCUCAAGAUAAAGGAGGACUGAUUCCUCUGCACAACGCCGCCUCCUACGGGCACGUCGACGUGGCCGCUCUGCUCAUCAAGUACGACGCCUGCGUCAACGCCACGGACAAGUGGGCGUUCACUCCGCUGCACGAGGCCUCUCAGAAGGGCCGGACGCAGCUGUGCGCUCUCUUAUUGGCUCACGGCGCAGACCCCACCCUCCGAAACCAGGAAGGACAGUCGUCGCUGGACCUGGUCACGGCUGAUGAUGUUCGGGCCUUGUUAACAGCCGCCAUGCCUCCCUCUGCUCUCCCCGGCUGUUAUAAACCUCAGGUCAUCGGCGCGGCGGCGUCGGCCUCUGGUGCUCCACCUGUCACCGUGGUCCCCCCUCUCCUCUCCUCUUCCUCCUCCUCUUCAUCCUCCUCCUCUGGACUUGACGCCUCAACAGCAGCUACGACCAACAGCAACGCAACCGCUUCUUCAGAUGCUUCAAACUCGCCGCCAUCGUCUUCAUCGUCCUCUGCGUUUCCCGAGAUGUCGGCGCUGCUGUCGGUGGCCGAGGGCUCACUGGGCGCUGAGAAGGAGGAGGAAGUUCCAGGUGUUGAGCUCAGUAUCUGUCAGUUCUUGAAGAACCUGGGACUGGAGCAUCUUCUGGAGAUCUUCGACAGAGAGCAGAUCACUCUGGAUGUGCUGGUGGAGAUGGGUCACCACGAGCUGAAGGAGAUCGGCAUCAACGCCUACGGACACAGACACAAGAUCAUCAAAGGAGUGGAGAGGCUCAUCAGCGGGCCGCAGAGUCUGAACCCCUAUCUGACGUUGAAUACAGCCAACAGUGGGACGAUCUUGAUCGACCUCGCAGCCAGCGACAAAGAGUUCCAGUCAGUGGAGGACGAGAUGCAAAGUACGAUCAGAGAGCACCGAGACGGCGGCCAUGCUGGAGGAGUCUUCAACAGAUACACACUGGUCAAGAUCCAGAAGGUCUGCAACAAGAAGCUGUGGGAGAGGUACACCCACCGCAGGAAGGAAGUUUCAGAGGAAAAUCACAACCACUCCAAUGAACGCAUGCUCUUCCACGGCUCUCCGUUCGUCAACGCCAUCAUCCAUAAAGGUUUUGACGAGCGCCACGCCUACAUCGGCGGGAUGUUUGGCGCUGGGAUCUACUUCGCCGAGAACUCGUCAAAGAGCAACCAGUACGUUUACGGGAUCGGAGGGGGGACGGGCUGCCCGCUGCACAAAGACCGCUCCUGCUACGUCUGCCACAGGCACCUGUUGUUCUGCAGGGUGACUCUGGGGAAGUCCUUCCUGCAGUUCAGUGCCAUGAAGAUGGCUCACUCGCCGCCGGGUCACCACUCCGUCACCGGCAGGCCGAGCGUCAACGGGCUCGCUCUGGCCGAGUACGUCAUCUACAGAGGAGAGCAGGCCUAUCCGGAGUACCUGAUCACUUACCAGAUCAUGAAGUCUGACGAGCCUGCAGAUGGAUGAGGAGGAAGACGACGAUGAAGAAAGUAUAGGAGGAGGAAACGCAGAAGAGCGCUUAUCUUAUCCUAUCAGCCUCUACAUUACUAACUGCAUGCACAAAGAAAAACUUUAUUUAUACAAUGUAUAAAACAUGUAGGUUUUUAUCAGAUGCCUGUUGUUGUUGUUGUUGUUUUGCUGCUUUCUGUUGUUUGUUUUAUGCACUUUAUUAACGAUGGGUUGUGUCAUAAUGUGAUUUUGUCCUUUUGCCACUGAAACACGGUCGUCCGGUGACUCAGGGUACGGCACUUUUAGAAAGGGUGUGUCCAUUUCAUCACAUCGGUGUCGCAGUUAGACACAGCACGCCGUCGCCGAAGCUUCACAAGUUGUCGGCAGGAAAUCUGGGAGUUAUCCCAACCGGUGAGAAACCGCUCACCUGUACUACACCUGUGGACACGCUGGACUGCCAGAUGGAUGCCUCAGCACCUGGAGGCAGUAAUGCAUCCCCCUACGCCACAACACGCCAUACUCACACACACACACACACACACACACACACAUACCUUAGCACACACCUUUUGGGGGGGUUUUGCAUAAAUUCUGUCUUUGCACUCUAAAAGUUUAAUUCAAAAAAAGUUGUUGGCUAAAUUUCUGACACAAAAACACACUGAACGGGACAAACAGCUUGUUUUCAGUGUGCUUUUAAAGUGAUUUAUAAACUAAAGGAUGACAGAAUGAUCUUGAUCCGUGAGGCAACAUGUAAUUUUCAAACAGCAGUGACAUGAAAGUGAUCAGAAUUGCCCACCACAACACAACCCGCCUUAGAAAAGUCAUCUCUAACGCCGGCUGUCCAGCAGGAGACACAGCGGUGUUGUUGAAAAUGACUCAUCCUUUCUGAAGAGCGAACGGUCGCUGAGUCUCUCCUGACAAACAUUUCCAAAAACAGCUCUGUGUUGCCUGGCAACAUCCUAACGAGGUGAAGUAUUCAUUUUAUUUUAUGAAGAUGUGUAUACUUAUUUUUUUUGUACAAGCAUGUUGGUUUAUUAACAUUUAUAAUGUUGGGUAUUUGAGGCAGACAGAAGAGCUGGUUUUCUCUCAAUUCAUGUUUUCUGAAUCAGCCUUAAUGAAAAGCAGCCUCUGAUUGGUUAGUAUUGUGGUGAUCAGCCAAUUACACAAUAUGAGAAAACCGGAAUAUGUUUAUCGACGGCUUAAGCCUCUUUUGAAUAAGUUCAAACACACAAACGUGGUUUUUGCGCUGCAGAGGUGUCCAUGCUGUGCCCACACGGACCCAGACGGGUACCAGACUGACGAAUUACAUCCAGACGGGUCUGUUGUUGUACUCAGUUUUGUAGGCUGGAUUCGGGGGAAAGGGAUCUUUCUGUGCCAGAGCCACAAAAACGGCGACGAGAGUGGAUUGAAGAGUGGACGCAGCUGCAUACGCUGCUGUAAAUCUUACAGGAAUAAAAACUCAAAUCAACGUUUCUUUGACAAACGUUGUCACACAACUGAUUGGUUUGGGGAAAAGUAUAUAAAAGGCAGCUAACGUGAUGUUAGACUGAAUAGUUUUUCAGUUAAGGAUUAGCUUAGCACGGCUAAGCUAACGGUUCCUCCGCUGCAGCUUUGUUUUGGUUUUUAGCUUAUGUGCUACCGUAGCAGAGUUAGCUACAGAAACUGGACCGAGCAGCAGCAAAGAACCCGACAACGAGAAGCCAAAAGCCUUCCAUAUUUGUCCACAAGUGGAACCAGAGACACACAAACGAUCGAAUAUAUUAUAAUGGCUUUCAUUUAGCGAUGCAGCCGGUGAUGGAGGCUGUGCAGCCACUUUGCCACCAGUCUGUUGACACCUCAGCAGGUCUUUUCGCCAAGUGGGAAAAUAUCAUAUCUGUCAGAAAUCCCCGACAUCUCUGACUCAGAAUUGCAGCUCUGAGACUGACAUGGCAUGCGGCAGCUGGCGUAACUCGGUCUCGAGUGCCCAAACCUGAAUUGCCAUUUUUGUUUUCGCUUCAAUAUUCAGUCUGACAUUAGUGUUCAUCUUAGCCGUUAGCUGGGGGUACUUUUGCCCUGACCAAUCAGUAGUGACUGUCACAUACGGCAACAUAUAUUGAUUUGAGGGUUGGUGUUUCUGUAACUGGCUUGCAACAACCCGGACGGUGUCGGGACCAUUGUUCUAUCGCAUGGACAGCGAUUCAGGCGAACCUGGCUGAAAAGGCGCUUUGUGUUGCUGCAGUUUCCUAAAACUGUAUUUGCACAGGAAGUACAGCCUACUGGCGAUUUCAUCGAUUUCUGUCUCUCCAUAUGAUGGCACAGUGACUCGGAUCAUGUGGUUCACAGUUCUCAUGUCUAAAUGAAUGAUAAGUUAACUAAGAUCUGUCACAGAGAUCUUACAUACUAUUAAAUACUAAAAAGUAACUGUUAAAUGAAACGCAGUAGUAAUUGUGUAUCUUAUAUUUCCUUUCAGUCCGUGUGGGUGAAGCUUGGUAACCGUGCAGAGCGAAAGACAAACCUGAUUUAAACUCUCUGGGUUUCUUUGCACGUUCUCGCACUCGAGUCUCGAGUCGGACUGUAAAACUACAGAGGAGGAAAAACAAAAAAUGAAUGUCGUGUAUGUAAAUUUACUCUGACUGUUCUGCUGUUGUGAGUUAUUCUCCUGUCGUCUGUAAUGUGAAGUUAACGGGCGCUAAUGAGGACGCUUCGUGCCCUAAUGCAUGGUGCUGUGGUGCUGUCUGACUCCCCGUUUAGCCUGUUGUGGUGCAGACUGGGAGGAAACCAGCAGCUGAAUGUGUGGUGGGAAUCCAAAAUGCGACAGUAAACAUCUCAGCGACUCUAGGAAGCCGACUGAUGGGACAAAACGGUGCUAGUUAAAGGAUUUAAGGUGCAUCCUUAGAAGAAAAUGUUCAGCGUUAUCCUCGACGGGAUAAAUGAAAAAUAAGCUUGACGUCAGGAAUUGUGGCAUUUUGGAAACCAACUCCUCACACUGUAUGUUUCACACGUUUGAAAGGACAAACACUCAGCCAUGAAGCGCUUCAGAUGUUAGUUAGAUGUUUCGAGCGCAGGGUGUUUGGAGGGAAUGCAACUUUUAGCAUCUUGGAAAAAAUGGUAAAUACUGAAUUUUCUAAAUGUGAAGAAAAACAUGUAGGAGAUUUGAGACUCUACAUGCCUACAGACCUCUUAGUUUAAUAUAUAUAUAUAUAUACUGUAUAUAUAUAUAUAUAAUUAACUAUUGGUGGCUUAUAAUUUGGUGACUUAAGAACUGAAGCUCGAUGUGUUUCUGUUUCACUCAUUUUAGAUAAAUACCUGUAGAUAUCUCCCCUCAGAAGGAAAGGUUUACGUAUUAUUUUUGUCAUCAUGUCUUAUUCUGCGGCGCACAGACUCACUGCUUCAGUUUGGAGAAACAAACCACUGGACUUCAAAAACCAGGAUCCUUCAACUUUUACAAACCAGGAGAAUGAACACAUAAUUGGACACGACCAUAGAAGACCUGUGUGCCGAAACUUGAAGAUUGUGAUUCUGAAAGUCUUGUUUUUCAUCACGGUGUUAAGUUUCUCUUAAAGCCCACAGCGAGAAGAUGCAGCAGGGCUUCGUUUCUCCAAACUGAAGUUACCGAUGAAGCUGAGCUGCACCGCGUCUUUUAAAAAGCUCUGGCGUGAAACACAGUGAAGUGAAAUAAAUUGCACCUGAACCGGUUCAGAUGUGUGAAACAGUCCCCAGCUGUGUGAUCGCUGGUCCUCCCUGCUCUGGUCUUCUUCAGUGUCCGGUCUUUAACCCGCAGCAUCAGGGAAACGCUGCCGCCUGGAGGCAGACAUGUUGCAAGAAAUAAAUGACAUCUGAAUA